GUUGCCACAAAGCAUAGUACGAAAACGAAGUUAAUAGUAUACGUCUGUGAAGAAAGAACAGCGUACGACGUCGUCUGGGUCGUCGUCGGGUGAGGCUUGAUGCGCGACAGCAUCGUUGCUUCGGUCUUCGCUGAGUUUUUUGAUGAUUAGUGGUUCGGUGAUCAUAAGUACUUCUGUGGAACUGGCAAAGAAAUAAGUAUUCAAGUUGUGGAACUACAAAAUUUCGAACAGCUACAAGACUGCAGUAGCUAGGAGCACACUGUCACUGGUGACCACCGGUUGUAGACCACGCAUUUAUUGUUCGCUUGUGAUCAUUCUCACUGCCACAAUCAGAAAGAACAAGAAGUGAUGUCUUCCUCGCGCCGCGUUCCCCUUCCGGACAACGCUGGGCUGUGCCUGUCCCACCAGGGGGCCAUGUACAACCUCAUGAUGAAACAGCGGGCGGAGCUGCAGGUGGAGCAGACCCGGCAGUACCAAAAUCUGGUCCGCGACCGCGAGGAGCGGGAGAACCGCGCGAAACUUGAAGAGGAGCGGUUGCGGAAGGAGAAAAAGGAGAAGGAUCGGAAAAAGGCCGAGGAAGAGCGGGCGAAGGCGUACCAGGAAGCGGUGGAGAACAAGGGGCGGUACGAAGAGAUGGUGCGGAACCGCGAGGCGGAGAAGAAACGCGCGGAAAUGGCCGAGCGCGAGCGGACUGCUCUCAGGAACGCCGCAAACCAGCGCGCGUACGAAAGAAUGAUGCAGAAACAGGAACAGCAGAAAAAAGACCGCGAACUCUCGAUCUAGCCAAGAGGAAAGUGCAUACAUAACAGAGAAAUCGAUAGAAAACUGUGCUUCGCGUUUAAGUGUCACAUCAAAGGGUCUGUUUGUCCGGAGCAUGACAUUUAAGAAUUAUCACGAUUUUUCUUUCCGGGCUGCUCUCUAGAUGUCAGGAAAUUAAAAUUUCCUCUUUUGGUGUCUCUGCAUUACAGAAUGGCGCCAAUUUAGCAGCACAAUUUUUCUUCCUUCCCGCUAUGGGUGUACUUUUCUCUGUGAUACUACCCGGCUGCUGAAAGAGGAGCGGGAGCGGAAAACGAACCAGACACAAGCUGUAUCCUGAGUAAAAGCGUCCACACCCCCAGAAGAGUUGUCAGGCAGAUUUGCAUAUAUCUUUAUCUACCGGUACCGGAACAGCCAGCACUUGCUGCUGUAUUGCGCAUCCGUAUGAGAUGCAUUUGAUGUAGGCGUGUUUUGGUAUUCGUAAUGCUGUAACCCGGAUAAGCACAAGCAGAUGGCUUCAUUCUCCCUUUGUGAUCAUACAGCUGUCCUCUUUGCUCCUGCGCUACACUACAUGACAGCGAGAAACCUGUGGUGCCCAAAGCUUUUGGAGUUGUGUUGCAGAGUUCUCAACUUGACUAGGGGGCGUGGACGUUUUUGCACAGGAUAAGGUAGAGGACUGCCGGCGAAAAGACGGAGAACCAAUGCCCAGCAGGCCGGGGAUUGAACGUAGUACGAAACGCACUUAAGUGAGGCAACAUGUUUGAAUAACGUAAAAAGGUGCUGUCCUGGAAAGUUCCAUUUACAGAGUUCAUCACCCUAGUAUUUAUGGAAAGCUCGGUCUAUCACCAUAGAUGCCGAGGAAGAUAGAACCCGCCAGCAUGAGAAUUCAUCCAAAAAACAAAACGCCAGGUGGUCUUCCUCGUCUUAGCCACUCGCGCAAGGUCAAGGCGUGGCGUUCUUCUCUGUUGUGGACCGACAACUACGCAGCACCACUCUGUUACUGGCCUCUUCCUUAGUUGUCGCCCCGUACCACCUUUCGUUUUCCUUUCUAGUAUGCUGUGUGUGUGUGUGUUGUGACUGUGCACUGUGAGCGUACUGCGUCUAUUAAUUACAACUGGUACCACUCUCAGUACGUUUUAACUUGAAGUGAACUUCAUCUAUAGUUGUGCUUCUCGUUAGACUUCUUGUUUGCAGCUACAACUGCAGAGAAGUGGUUGUAGCGCGGGGCUGCUCGUCGUCUACUGAUGUACGGGUCAAGAUUAGCCUGAGCUAUAGCAAAAAUGAACUUCCCGUUUUGAUGUUUUCACAACUCUUGUUAAAGACACUACUACCAUUGGUUUGUUGACAAGAUGAUCAAUGAAUGUACAGAAUCUGUUGCUGCAGAUAAUUGCAAAGGCGCCGAGAUUUGUAAAAUUGGAAGUGACCACUGGCUAAGACUCACUUGCAAGACGAGUAGCAUUCACUUCGCUCGUCUAGUCUUCCAUUGUGCGAAGCUGCCACAUACUUGCCC